AUGCAGGCCCUAAAAAGGAAGCGAUCCCGACUGGCUUGUAAGCCUUGCAGGGAGCGAAAAAGAAAGUGCAAUGGUGAUGAACCCUGCAUCACUUGCUCUGAAUGGGGCUACGAGUGCUACUAUGAAACCCGUCAACGAAAGCCUCGAACAGCCACGCAACCAACACCAGAUGCUCAACCCGAGCUACUAUCCUCUCCGAAGACUACUGUGGGUCCAAGCCCUAUUGAUACAGAUCAAUCGGGGUUGGUCCGGCGUUUAGAGGCCAAUUCUGGGGCGGCUUUCGUGAGGAAGCUUGGCCUCAAGAUUGAUCCUGCAAAGGCACCGAAGCUUAACCUCUUUGGGUGGAAUAUUGGCACUCGUAAAUUAUCUGCUCAAAGUGUUCCGAACUCUGCACUAUCGAUCAUCGAGAUCACCUCGCUUGAGCACAUGAAAUCCCUGGCUCAAGUUUAUUUUGACAAAGCGGACCCUUGCUAUGGGUUUAUCGAUCGACGUAACUUCUUUGAGAGACUAGAUGCACGUUGGCUAUCGCCACUCGUACCCGAUAUCUACGAUAGUGUCUUGUCUGGAGUCGCUGCGAUUGGCUGUCUAUUCUCUCAAAGACAUGCCACAGUCACGGAACUACACUUGGUUCGAACGGCCAACUGCUGCUUGAACACGCACCAUCUGAGUGGUCCUCCAUCCAUCGAUCUCUUGACUGGAUGGGUAUUGAGAUCAUUUUACCUUCGCUUAACAGAUUCACCAUACUCGACCUGGAUAGCUAGCUCAACUCUUAUGCAUCUCCUUGAGGCCGCAGGUCUUCACCCCGAGACACCUGAAAAUUCCGUCCUUCCACACAGUGCUAUUUGCGACCCUGACCUUCAAAGACGACUGGUAGGUGUUGCACACCACUUGAAUAUGUGGACUUCCUUCGACCUGGGUCUAUCACGAGUAUCAUUUCAAAAGAACGACCUACCAUUACCUCCAUCGCCCAAACCUGGUGACUAUACCGAUGAAAUCCUAGGCCUUUUGCCCAUUUCAGUUAGUCUCGAUCCAGGGAAAGUAAAAGAUGAAACAGAUCUCACAUCAAUACUGGCGAAGCUUCUGGACGGAACUCACACGCAACCUCCAUCAGUCCUCGCACAGUGCAAUCUCGCCCUUUGCAUUCUUCGACGAAUCCACACGCAGAAUAUGGAUAUUUCCUCAAGUCUAGCAGAUCGUGUGUUGAUACUAUUGAAGAAAGGACUUGACUGUGCUAGCAGUAUGGUACUAGAUUGCUCACCAUGGCAUCAAGUCGCAAAUGUGCCCUUUCAAAUCAUUUGUGUUCUCCUCACGAUGGAUACGCGAUCAUCGCUGGCUAUACUUCCGGAAGCAAUGCGUACCCUGAGCUUGGUGGCCUCUACCUAUGACACGGAAGCUUUGGCAGAAGCAUAUAGCACUGCUUGUCUGUUGGUUUUGUUGCAUCAGCAACGCAGAAAAGACGAUAUAGCUGUUUUGGGAGAAGCACUUAAUGUUCACCAGCAAGGUAGACCGAUAGAGUCUCCUCCGCAGCUCAACCCAAGUUCUGAGGAGUACUCGUGGCUUGGAGCGCUCGUCGCUGAUCUUCCUGGGCUACAACGGGUAGAUCUUGACCAGUUCUUGAAUGCAGAUAUGAUGGAUCCGUCUUCGUUUCUAUGA